GCCGAAGACCUGCGGCGCCUCUCGCGCGACGACUUGAUCCAAAUCUGUGGCGUAUCCGACGGCAUACGGCUGUAUAACACUAUCCACGCCAUACCCAGCACCACACGGCUCACCAUAUUUGUUACCACCGAUGGUAAAGUUCAUAACGGAAUCUAUUUGAAGAUAUUGACUGAGGAGGAGCUCCGGCACAGGUUGACUGAAACCCUGGGUAUUGUCGGUCAGACCCUCAGACAUAUAUACCUCAUCGGUCCAAAUGAUAUACGGAUUAAGUUAACCAAUAAUGUGGUGAUGAAUAUGAAAAAUGAGUCCAUAUAUAGCUGUUGUGUUGAUAAAGGCACAGUCAUCUUCAUCAUCAGCCCAUUUGGUCUGCCAUCGCAAUCAUCGCAACCCAUUGUCUCUCAUCAGUGGUCACACAUCACCGUCAGGAACAGUCACACAGACAUACAGUCCACUCCCGAUAUGAUGGACCCGUCGGUUGGCUGGGAUCAGUCGGAGCACAACGGGCCGGGCGCGAGACAGUGGCGCCGGAUAUGGCGCGACUACUGUACCGCCAAAGACAUCACCGCAACCACAUCCGCGACCACAACUACUACUACAACAACAACCGCCACAACAGCCGCCGCCGUUGCCAUCGCCGUCGCCGCUGACACGGAUAGGACACAAGUCAUGGCACCGCCGCUGCCAUCGACACCGAUAGCCGCCAGCAGUAGUAGUAAUGGUAGUCAACCUCCGGAGCGCGUAAACUAUAGUCAACAACACUUGUACCGCAACAACAGCAACCACUCGAGCCAAUACAGGUCAUCACCGCAGCAGCACUGGUGCCCAUCGCCCGCCGCCUCCGCCGCUAUCAACGACUUGUUCAGCAAAAAGCGCAGCCAAGAGGCGACCGCAGCGCUAAUGGCGGCCACUCUGGCCAAAGAGGCGGACAAUCCGGCGCUGAUCACCGAUCUCGCGGCCCAACGGCAUCUGAUUGAGCGCCACAACGGCACCCCCUGGUACGGCCCCGACCACCCCCGGCAUCCAUACCACAGCCAUCAUCAGCAACAACAGCGACAGCAGAAGAGGUCGGGUGAUAAUGGUGUUGCCAAUAGCCAGUGGUCAGCAGCGACUGGUAGUCAGCGUCCGGCGGCGGCCGCGGCGUGCGAUUGGACCGCCGAAGAGGCUAUGGAUCACUUGCACCGCGAGAUUGAGAUGUUUUACGAUUAUAUGUCGCCCACAGAGCAUGAGAAACGGCUCCGACGGGAAGUGCUUCAGAGGAUUACCAAAGCCAUUGAGACGUUGUGGAGGGAUGUGGUGGUGAGUAUGUGUGCCGUGUGUUUGUUUGUAUGUUUGAUCAUGAUGUUUGUUAUGGUGUGUACUACUCUCGGUAUAGUGAACAGUGAGUUUAUGGUCCAGUGCUUCGGGAGCUUCAGUACGGACACGUAUCUGCCCACCAGCGACAUCGAUCUGGUGGUGAUCGGCCGGUGGCAGUACCUGCCCCUCGUGGACCUGGAACAGUACUUCUUGAUGCAACGCUUUUGUCACCCGCAUCAGAUCCUGGUGCUGGACAGGGCUACUGUUCCCAUCAUUAAGAUGACCGACAACUGGUCCGGCGUUCGCAUAAACAUCAGCUUUAAUUUGAAACAAGUGUUUAAAAGUGUCGAUUUGGUUAUCAAUUACAUCAAAGAGAUGCCAAACGUGAAGAAAGUGUUGCUAAUAAUCAAACAAUUUCUACUGCAACGGGACCUGAACGAGGUGUUCAAGGGUGGGCUCAGCUCCUACAGCCUGGUCCUAAUGGUGGUCCACUUCUUCCAGACCAAUGAGAAGGCCCGAAAGGAGACUAAUCUCGGUCGUCUACUGCUACAGUUCCUGGAGUUGUACGGCUUAAUACUCAACUACCAGGCGGUGGGCCUACGGCUGGCCGGCGCCGGCGGCUUCCGAUACGUACCCAAACGUGAACUGUUGGCCACUACUGUACAGCACCCGCAGCCGCAGAUUGUGGUGACGGCCACCGGUGGUCAGCCGUAUUAUCAGCACAAUUACCACAAGCCAUCGCUGUUGAUCAUUGAGGACCCGUUGGACGCCACAAACAACGUGAGCCGCAACUCGUACGCGAUGGACAAGUGUCGCGACGCGUUUGCCUACGCCUUUCGGACACUGUAUAUGGCUGUCGGCCCGAAUCGGGCGGCCAUUGGCGAUCGCAAUGAGUCGAUUCUGGGCCGCAUUGUUCGGGUGACGGAUCAGGUGAUCGAUCGGCGACUGUAUUCGGUACCACACCAGCGCUACAAUCGCUACAAUCCGUACGGCCAGCAGUCGGAGUGCGCCCGAUGUAGCCCUAAGCCACGG